AUGGAUAAAGCAAAAAAAACACGUGCUAUGUUACGAACGGCGUUUACACGUACGUACAAUCACCUCCUAACCCAACUGCAAGCUGAACAGCCAGAUAAAGAACAAGUCAACGCACUGUUCAUGCUUUUGAAAGAGAAGACCAGUGAGUUGGAGGACGGUGACCAGAGGUUCAUCGACUUGUUGUACGAGGAAAAUGUGUCAGAAGAGUUACUGGGCAAUGAGAUUGAGUCCCAAGAUGAGUACAAGCUGAAAUAUCAUCACGUAAAGCUCAGAGUUUCAGCACUCUUGGAACCCCCAGCAGAGUCGACAUCUCAACAGGGCCCUCAACCACAUAACCUCUCCUCGACGAAUCACUCGGUACUGGACAACAAACGCGUCAAGCUACCCAAGAUUGACCCUCCCAAAUUUAGUGGACAGCUGAAACACUGGCUUUUGUUCUGGGGUCUCUUUAGGCCCAUUCACGAAGACGUUACGAUUACCAAAGAACAAAAGUUUCGCUACCUUGCACAGGCAAUGGAGAAAGGCUCUGGUGCAGCUGAUCUCGUCACCAGUUUCCCCCCUACAGCAGAGAACUACGACAAGGCUGUAGAGGAUUUGACAAACCGUUACGGUAAGAAAGAAUUGCUCAUAGAAAUGUAUGUUAGAGAGUUGUUGUUGCUAGUGCUCCACAAAGCAGUCCCUGGUUCCCAUCAAAGCAAACUCUCGAGUACAUACGAUAAAUUGAAGACGCAUCUGAGAGCGCUAGAGUCCUUGGGAGUCACGACAGAUAUGUGUGCAGCAAUGCUGUACCCACUGGUGGAAUCAUCUCUCCCAGAGGAGCUGCUCAGAGCCUGGCAAAGGCACUCAACGACUCUAGACAUUCCAGACACCAAAGCCAGACUCGACAAAUUUAUGGAUUUUUUGGAGGCUGAGGUAGAAGCGGAACAGAGGAUUUCCAUGGCCAUCGAGGGUUUCGGUUUGAAUGCUGGAUCCAAGAAAGAAGCAAACGACAAUAGAGACAAACCAAAAAAGAAGACGAAAGAUGAAUCGAAGCCAGUGGCCACCGCAGCCAGUCUACUGGCAACAAAAAGUACUUCGGCCCCAGUCAACUGUCUUUUUUGUGACGAAACCCAUGCCAGUGAAACUUGUGCAAAGGCGAAGAAGAUGAGUCUUGUAGAGAGGACUGCGAAAUUAAAAGAGAAGAACGCCUGUUUCAAGUGUCUGAAGGUUGGACACAGUUGUAGAACUUGUCGCUACAAAGACAAGUGUGGAUGGUGCGGAAAUAAACAUGUUUUAUUGAUGUGUCGUCAGAUGUCCACUCUUUCUUCAGGAGAAAGUAACACGAAGCCUGACGUGACGGAGCAAAAUCUCGCCAAUUUGUCAGCAGACCCAAGUGUUUUUCUGCAAACGCUCGUCGUAAAGGUCGUAAACGGGGACCGCCAGCGGACGGUGAGAGCAAUGAUUGAUACUGGCUCCCAUCGAUCUUACAUCCUGGAGCAAGUUGCAGAGUCUCUGGGCUAUCAGGCGGAGCAAUCUCGUACUAUGGUGCAUUCUCUAUUUGGAGGUUCCCAGACUCGCCCUCAAGAGCACAAGGGCUACAGAGUACACGUACGUAGUCUGGAUCACAAAUACGCCUGUAAUUUCCUUGCUUACGAACAGGGCAGCAUCUGUCAGGCUAUUCCCAGGAUCGCGGAAGGUCCUUGGCUGGACAAAUUAGAGAAACAGUCCAUUCACCUGACUGACAUCGGACAAGGACACCAGCCCAUAUCACUCUUGAUAGGGGCUGACAUUGUGGGAAAACUCUACACGGGACGUCUGCAGGACCUCGACGAGGGCAUCACUGCUGUGGAAACUCGUUUAGGCUGGACCAUCUUGGGGAAAACUACACAAGCGACAACAAAAAGAACGGACACCGCUUUGUUGACGUUCUCGAUGUUCGCCCAAGAAGCGACUGUCAGCCGGCUCUGGGAUUUGGACGUGUUGGGCAUCACUGAUCCUGUUCAGAGAGUUUCCAAGGAAGCUCACCAACAACAAGUCUUGGAAAAAUUUCAUGACACGACGAGAGUGAACUCUGAAGGCCGCUACGAGGUCUUGCUUCCUUGGAAAGAAAAUUACCCAACGCUUCCAGACAAUCGUUUUCUAGCACAGAAAAGACUAGAGGCGACGUACGCGAAUCUAGAGAAAAGAAAUGUGGUGAAAGAAUACGAGGACGUGUUUCAGGCAUGGCUACAGGAAGGCAUCAUCGAAAGAGUUCCACAAGCUGAGGUCGAAAACAAGGGUCACUAUCUGCCUCACAGGCCUGUCAUAAAAGAGAACAGCACGACCAGAAUCCGACCUGUCUUUGACGCUUCGGCGAAAACUAAGUCCGAUCCGUCGCUUAAUGAAUGCUUAGAGACAGGGCCCAACUUGAUUGAGCUAAUCCCCUCACUUCUCUUGCGGUUCCGAGAACAGAGAAUUGGGGUCAUCUCAGACAUCCAAAAGGCCUUUUUGCAGAUCAGCGUGAAGCCAGAGGACAGGGACACUCUAAGAUUCCUGUGGAAGCCGACUUCAAACCCACAACAGACCCAUACUUACCGUCAUCGAAGAGUCGUGUUUGGAGUCUCCAGUAGUCCUUUCUUACUGGGGGCCACGAUUGAUCUUCACCUAAACCAGGCGAUAGAGAAAAGCACUACCGAGCAUCGGACUACAGUUCUCCAAAAGCUGAGAAAGUCGUUUUAUGUGGACAACUGUGUCACAAGUGUACAUUCUCUGGAGGAAUUUCUCGAGUUUCAGAACAUGGCUAUCAAGACACUGCAAGCUGGAGGUUUCAAUCUCAGAGGUUGGAAAUGUAGACAUUCAGAAGAAGCGGUCAGGGAGAGCUCUGUCCUGGGUCUCACGUGGAAUCGCCACGAGGAUACGUUGGCAUUGGCUAAACCAGUGGACCAGGUGAAGAAACCUGCUGCGGUCACCAAGAGGGAGAUUCUCUCUGCCACUCAGAGCCUUUUCGAUCCAUUAGGCAUGGUCUGUCCUGUCCUCAUUUGCCCCAAGGUGCUGAUCCAGAAACUCUGGUCCAAAGAUCUAGACUGGGACUCUAGUGUCGACCAAGAGACGAGAAGCGUGUUUAACCACUGGCUCGACGAACUCUCCUGGCUCGGGGAAUUAAAAAUUCCACGUUGGUCUUUUGGAGGAGGUCCUAGUGUGGCUUCUGUCUCUUUGCACGCCUUUGUCGAUGCCAGUCAGGAAGCCUACGCUUCGGUUAUUUUCGCAAGAGUUGAAGUAGAAGACAACGUGGAGUGUCACUUCAUUAUGGCGAAGUCCAGAGUGGCACCCAAAGUCAAGCCGACUAUUCCUCGCUUGGAGUUGUUAGCGGCAACGGUGGGAGCUCGACUGAUGGAAUCGGUGGUCACCGCGUUGGGUUACGAAGGGCUUGAGCAGCACUUCUGGACUGAUUCAUCGACGGUGCUGGCCUGGAUUCAGAGGGAGAGAGAGUGGGGUGUCUUUGUAUGGAAUCGUGUCCAAGAAAUCCGGCGAUUAUCGAACCCACAGUCUUGGCACCAUGUCCCCGGAGCUCUCAAUCCAGCAGAUUUACCCUCCAGAGGCUGCACGGCCAGACAGCUGGUCGAUUCCAAGUGGCAUGAGGAUCCCGCCUGGUUGAAACUCCCUCCAGACCGCUGGCCGAGAUCUGCGAUGGAAGUGAACGAGAAGGAGGUUGAUGGAGAGAUCAGGAAAACCACGUCGAAGAGAAAGAUUCCCAAGAGAGGCAGCGUCUCCUGUGCAGCAGUACAUCACGUAUUAAGUUGUGUAGAGAGCUUGACUAGCACUAAAGAGGUGCCUUGGUACAUGUCCAGGCUCUCUCGGUACACACAGAUCGUCCGUCGCAUGGCCUGGAUACAACGUUUUGUCGGUAACUGUAGAAAUCGUCGAAGAAUUUGCAUCAGUGGGCCACUCUCCCUGGAAGAGGUAAGAAAAGCCGAACUAACGCUUUUUAAAUUGGUACAGGAGGAGAGUUUUGCGGGUGCAGGCGAUCCACGUCUCGCAGGAAUGACAAUCUUCGUCGACUCUGAUGGACUCAUACGUCUGAAGUCUUUGAUUUCCAAUAGGAGCGAUGAGUUGGGUUUUCGUCUCCCGAUCGUCCUGGAUUACAGACAUCCUCUUGUACAGAAGCUUAUUUAUCUCCAGCAUCUUGUUCUAAAUCAUGGCCCAAUCGACUACGUCAUGAACAAGCUUCGAGAAGAGUACUGGGUGCUCUGCUGCAGAAGGGCAGUACAAUCCAUCGUUCGUCGCUGUAUCGUGUGCAAACGUCACACUGUCAAACGACUAGAAGCUGUGCCUGCUCCCUUGCCGGAAGCGAGGGUGAGAGAUGCUGUGGCAUUUGAGGUGAUUGGGGUUGAUCUAGUUGGACCCUUGUAUCUCAGGAAUGGUGAUAAGGGCUGGGUAGUUCUCUUCACGUGUGCUGUUUUCCGAGCCGUACACCUGGAACUAGUCACGUCACUAUCCACCGAUACAUUCUUGGAGUCGCUAAGACGUUUCAUUGCUCGCAGGGGACGCCCAGCUAUCAUUUACUGCGAUAAUGGCACCAACUUCGUGGGGGCGCACAAUCUACUGCGAGGACUAGACUGGGCAAAGGUCGUCGCCCGCGGAGUGUUGGAGAGGAUCGAGUGGCGCUUUAAUCUACCCUCGGCUCCCUGGUGGGGAGGAUGGUGGGAGCGCCUGGUACGAGUGACCAAAGAUCUCCUGAAGAGGACCCUGAAGAAAACAUCCCUGACGUAUGAAGAACUCCAGACGACAUUGUGCGAUUGUGAAGCUGUGAUUAAUUCUCGUCCAUUAACGUAUUUGGCCGAGGACCCAGAGCAACUGAUCCCACUUUCCCCAGACAUGUUCCUUAGGGAUCUCCGUUUACACGGAGUCGCCGACCUGGAUCAGGUCGAUGCCCAGGCCCUGAGAAGACGCCUACGAUAUCGACAAAGACUCAAGGAUGAACUUCGCGAACGCUUCCGUGUUGAGUAUCUCGGGCAGCUAGCUCGAAGGAGUUUCGAGAAGGGAUUGAACGGCAGCCUCAAAGAGGGGGACCUGGUGUUCGUCGGUUCUGACAACACAAAACGUCUGGAUUGA